AUGCUACAAACUUUUUCAAAAUCAAGACCAACAUAUACUAUAUUAGCUAUUCGAUCAAUCUUAUUCGAUCAUGCGAAGACAUUUACAUAUAAAACACGUAUGAAAACAUUUUUUAAUGAUGGAAUUAAUUUAAAAGAACAAUCUGUUGAAAUUAAUUCGACUGAACAUAUUCGUCGAUGUUCACUUCAUAAAGAUGAUGAUAUAUGGAAAUUAUAUAAAACAAUGUGUCCUAAUGUGCGAACCAUUGGUGAUGCUUUACAUGAAGGAUAUAGUAUUUCCAAUGAUGGACCAUGUGUUGGUUUUCUUUCACCAUCAAACGAUAUACAAUGGUUAUCCUAUUCUACAAUAAUCGAACAAAGUCAACGCAUUGGUUCAUAUUUAUGGACACAAACAAAAUUAACACCAAAACAAUCCAAAGUAGUAUUUCUUUCAUCAAAUAGACUUGAAUAUUUAUUAGUUGAACAAGCAUGUUAUAUGUAUGGAUUUAUUGUAGUUAGUUUAUAUACUACUUAUAAUAGUGUAGCUAUUCAAAAUAUUCUUGAAAGAACUCAAGCUGAAGUACUUGUUGUUGAUAAUAUCGAACGUAUUCAAUCAUUAAAAGAUGAUCUAUUGAAAAAUAAUCAAAUAAAAGAAAUACUUGUUAUGGAUAAAAUAAAUAAUGAUGAAAAUAGUAAAAUUCGAUCUAUUUCAUCAAUAUUAGAAACAAUGAAGAAAACAGAUAUAUGUCAACGACCAAAUAUAGAUCCACAUGAUAUUGCAACAUUUAUUCUAACUAGUGGAACUACAGGAGAACCAAAAAUUGCAAUGCUAUCCCAUGAAAAUUUCUUAGCAUCAACCAAAGGUAAUCUUAUUCGUUUAUAUAAAGCUAAUCUAAAAAAACCAGUAACCAAUCGUCAUUGUUCAUUUUUACCGAUGGCUCAUGUCUUCGAAAGAUUUGUUAUCUUACAAAUUCUAUUAAAAGGCACAGAAGUUAUAUUUUGUCCAGCACCUGAAAAACUCAUUGAAUAUUUAUCAAUAGUAAAACCAACUCAAGCGUCGGUUGUUCCACGAAUUCUUAAUAAAGUCUAUGAUACAAUUAUGGCUGAUGUUAAUAAAAGUAAAAUCAAACAAUUUCUUGUUCAACAAGCAUUACGUGAACAACCACCAUUGUUAUCACGUUUAAUUUUUCGUAAAGUUAAAAAUUUAUUUGGUGGAGAAUUAAAAGCAAUGAUCACUGGAUCAGCACCACUUUCAUCGGAUGUUAUGCAUUUUUUUCGUAUCGCACUCGAUAUACCAAUCAUAGAAGGAUAUGGACAAACUGAAACAACUGCUGCUGGUACAACAACACAUCCAAUCGAUAUGUCCUAUGGUACAGUUGGUUCACCUGGACCCAACGUUGAAAUAAAGUUAAUCGAUGUACCUGAUACAAACUAUCGAAGUGAGAAGAAUCAAGGAGAAAUUUGUUUUCGUGGACCAACUAUUUUUAAAGGUUAUUAUAAUGAUGAAGCAAAGACACGAGAAACUAUUGAUAGAGAUGGUUGGUUACAUACAGGUGAUAUAGGAGAAUGGACAAGUAAUGGAGCAUUGCGUAUUAUUGAUCGUACUAAACAUAUAUUUAAAUUAAGUCAAGGAAAAUAUAUUGCACCCGAACGUCUUGAAGAUAUUUAUAUUCGUUCUCAAUGGAUUGCACAAAUAUUUAUUGAUAGUCUUUCAACGGAAUCAACAGUUAUUGGCAUUGUCAUACCUGAUGAAGAAUAUAUACGAAAAAAUUAUCAAUCAGCUACUAGUGAAACAACAUUUGCUGAUUUAUGUAAUGAUUCAAAAUUAAAAGAAAUAAUCUUAUCUGAUUUAGUUCAGUUGGGAAAAAAACAGAAGUUAAAGUAUUAUGAAAUACCGAGUAAUAUUUAUCUUCAUCAUGAACCAUUCUCGCAAAAGAAUGGACUACUUACAAUAACAUUUAAAACUCGACGAAUCAAUGCUCGAAAACAAUUUCAAUCAAUUAUUAAAUCAUUAUAUGAAGAAAAUCCACCCAUGAAAAUCAAGAAUUAA